AAUAUAUAAAUACACCGUGUCCAAAUUCCGAACUCGGUUCCUCAGGUUCAAACCAUUCAUUUGGCUUCUGUCGGCUAAGGAUGUCUCACUUUCGGCGGCUUCUUUCUCUUCUUGCUCGAAAUCAACCUCAAGCCUCUCUUUUCAAAGAACCUCUUUCACCAGCCAUCUCUUCUGCAAGUGUAUCCUUCAACAGUAGAUAUGACUUUUAUAGAAGAUGGCUCCAAACUCAACCUGAUCCUUCCGGCCUGGCUAUUGACAACACCGAAAACCAAGAAGCCGACAGUUUAAAGCCUGCUUCUUGCUCAGCUAAUGUACCUUCGGAGACAAACGAUUCUGCCAUGAAGCAUACUGCUAUAUCUAACUUGAAAACAUCUGCAAGGCACGAUCUUGCCAUGAUAUUCACGUGCAAAGUCUGUGAAACGCGAUCAGUUAAGACAGCUUGCCGUGAAUCAUACGAGAAAGGUGUGGUUGUGGUGAGAUGUGGAGGAUGUAAUAAUUUACAUCUGAUUGCAGACCGGCUCGGUUGGUUCGGUGAACCAGGAAGCAUAGAAGAGUAUCUAGCUGCUCGUGGGGAGGAAGUGAAGAGAGGCUCAGUUGAAACCCUGAAUCUCACUCUUGAAGAUUUAGCUGGAAAGGGAGCCCUUUAACUGAAAUUUCGUGGCUCUUGUAAACAAACAUAGUUCAUAUAUAAAUGGUUAGAUUUUCCUUUUUGGUGUUUAUCAAUUUAAAUAAUUGAUUUUAGAUGAGAUUUUGAUUUUUUUUAAUGAGGUGUGAUUUAUUUUCAUGAAUAUGUUUAUUUAUUAUUUAUUUAUAAUAACAAUGAAUUUGAAAAA